AUGAGGUUUCAUAACCUAUUUAAAUUGAUAUUUCCUUGCCUACUAAAGGCGCUCGUAAUAAAUGCGUUAAGUGUGAAGCCACAAUUUUUUGAGAAAAAUCAUCAAAUGUGUGUGAAAUUGGCUAAACAGCCUUAUUUUGAUAUAGAUAUAGUUGUAGGUAAGCCCUGGAGGAUAUAUUAUACGUGGAAUCUGAAACUGGAUACAAAAUGUUUGGAUAUGGUGUUUAAGAAUGCUACGAUUGAGAUAAUCAAUCGAUUCUGGAACGAUAUGAACGAAUAUCUAGAACAGCAGCCGGUGUGGGAAGCAGCGACCCUGAGCGUGACUAUGGGUUCAGCUAAACACGAACUGCUCCUCUUUGCUGACCAGGGACCAGCUGGCAGCUUCCUCGCAGUGCCAAAUGUUAUACGUGAAGGAAGUUCGUACUAUUCGUUGAAUAGUGGAAAAUAUUUAGUUUAA